AUGGCGCCUCAUCCCCCGAGAGACAGCGGGGAGAUUCACUCGCCGCUCGCCCAGCGUUUUCAGGAUUUGCCUCAUCGUCGAGGGGCCGAAGCGCCUUCGCCGAGCCAAACAGCUUCGCCGCCCGCCACCGAUUCAAGCGACGCACCGGCGUCUCCCGCCACCGAUUCAAGCGACGCACCGGCGUCUCCUGCCACCGAUUCACGCGACGCACCGGCGUCUCCCGCUGUCUGCGCCAAGCCGUUCGUUUCGAGCCCGUUCUGUGUCUCUUCAGGCGCGGGCAUCGACGGAGCUUCAACAGGCUCGUGGGACAGGGACAGCCUGCAGGCCGGUGACGCCGUGGUGGGGCGACGACGGUUUGCGGCCAACCACUUUCUUCCGCUCCUUACCGAGCUGUUUGUCGCUCUGUUCAAAGCCCACUGCUUCUCCUCACUCGUCGUCCGCGUCCUCCAGGCGAUUGAGGAAGAGAUUGUCGUCGACGACGCGUUUGUUCCCUACCUGACGACGCCUCGGUCCAACGCCGCCUGGUCGACUCCGAGAUGCGGAUCUGCAGACACCGGCGAGAGCGCAGCCAGCGCGGGGCUUCGCGGCGACGCGCGCGGCUCGUUUUCUGAGCCGGAAGACGAGACCAGUGGCGAGUCUCCCCCUCGGUCGCCUCCCAGCGAUCCCGACGCUUCGCUGGACCCGUUGUCUCCGGUUGUGGACGCUGCGCCCGCACGCUGUGUGCGGAAAGCGAGCGCAAAGUGGCCGUUGUUCUGCCCGCCCACCAUCUCUUCCUUCGGUUCCCUGUCUUUACACCCCGCCAGCGGACCUAUCGCGUUUCCGCAUGCAACGUUCGAGCCUGUGCCUGGAGGCGGCGCGAACCUCAGACACUUGUGGAGCUCCGGACCCGGCAGUCUCGCUGGUGCAGGCCUCGGGAGGCUCCGGCACGAAGGCGAAAUGCGCUUUUUCACCAAGUUGAGGCUCGUCGAAGCCUUCCAGAGGGUGGACGCGAGUGCGCGAAUGACCAAACGAAAGGUCGUGCCUCCGACCUUCCACGAGUGCCGCGCGAUUCUCAAUCUUGCUCAGAUCCUAGAGAGCCGCUCUCAGCUGCGAUUAAUCACCAUGGAUGGAGAUGAGACUUUGUACCCGGACGGCGCGAACUUCACUGACGAACGGAUCGCGCGAAAUAUCGCGGCGCUUCUGCGGAGGGGUACCAAAGUCGCCGUCGUCACAGCGGCAGGCUACGGCUAUGAGACUUCCCGUUAUCAGGAGCGAUUGGGGGUGUUGUUUGAUUUCUUGAAAGAGGAAAAGGUGUCGGCUGAGGCCGCCGGAAACUUUUACGUCAUGGGCGGCGAGUCGAACUACUUGAUGCAACUUUCUCCCGAACUCACGCUCGUGCCUGUCGACGAGGCGCUCUGGACCUCCUUCCGGCCGCCGUGUCACCCGCGGGAAGCCGAGCGUCUCCUCGACAUUGCCGAGGCAGCACUGCGCACUCUGAGCGAGGAUCUGAGGCUGCCUGCAUGCAUUCUGAGAAAAGAGCGCGCUGUCGGGCUCAUUCGGCGGCCCGUGAAGGAAGAAGAUGACGAGAGCACGCUUGGCUUCGGCACCGCUGGCGGGAUGCACCGAGAGAAUUUGGAGGAGAUUGUCAUGCGAGUUCGCCGGACGAUCCGCGACGAAUUAGGUCCUCAAUGCAUGGUGCCGUGGAGUGCGUUCAACGGCGGCAAAGACGUGUGGGUUGACAUAGGAAACAAAGCGGAAGGCGUGGCGAUGCUUCAAGGCCUCUUUCAGCUGGUUCCGCGAGAGUGUCUCCACGUCGGCGACCAGUUCGGCGCAAGCGGAAAUGACUUGCCGGCCCGCGUGUGCUCUCCCACCGCAUGGGUCGCGAGUCCGCAGGAGACUGCGUCAAUUCUCCACGAGUUGCUGCUGGACCCGGAGAGGCCGGAGGCGCUCGUGCGCGGCGACUCGAACACGCAGGGAAAAGAACGCGAGUAA